CUAUCAUCAAAUUGAUUGGAAAUUGGGAAUCCCCCCUGCGGUUUGCAGCACAGUGUUUUCUUUGAUACUAGUAGGAGAGCGGGCGGAGCAAAUUUCAGUGUGAGACACUGACUGAAUAGUGUGCAGCAGUUUGGAGCUCAGAAAUGCCUACGCACCCUAUCAAGCAGGAGACCAGCGGCUAUCAAGUUGUGACCUGGAUGCCGAGGAGUGACUAAAAGAAAACUGUCAGCCAGAAAGAAGAAACCGCAUACAGAGUACUGUAUAGGAAGAAAACAGCCAGAUAGAAGAAAACACACAAGAACUAAGUCGAUAAAAAAGUUGAACUCUGGAAAACACAAUGAGACUAAUGAAAAAUCAACAUGAAACUGGAGGGCCAAUCCAAGAAAGUGAUCUUUGGCUUCAGAAUGUAAUCUCGUAUUGGGAAGUACCAAAAGAUAUCACUUACGCUACGCCACCAUAUAUAUCGCUACGGGAGGAUUUUGAAUUACAAUACAAGCCAUUUGUGCCUGAAAGAUAUUUUCUGGAUAUGUUAAACAAAUUUGAUUCGAAAGAUCUCUCAUAUAUAUCAUUUCAAGAAGACAACAAUAGGUUUGAAGGAGGUAAUGAAGUAUAUAAAAAAGAAACAAGUCAAGAAUCACCCAUUCGUGACACAUUAAACAAAUGGAUUGUAUUGGAACACAACAAACUUUUGGCCAAAGAGUUACAAGGUCCUACGGAGAACAAAGCAGCCACCAUUAAAAUCACUUAUUAUAAGCCAAUGAAGGAUGAGAAGCAACCUCUUACUUUACAAAUUAAAGGCACAAACCUGUACGUCGUAAAUCAGUCUGGCAAAUUGCAGCUUGAGGCAAUAAAUGAACCAGACUUAAGCUCCAUUAAUUCAGAUAAAAUGAAGUUUCUCUUUCUCCUAACAAAUACAAGUGGUUCCUACAAGUCAUUCGAGACUGCUACAGACCCUGAAAAAUUCAUCAGUACAUCACAGAAAAGUGCCUCAGUGGUAACAAUACAACCCAGUUCUGAUCAAACUAAGCUUAAAGAAUUUCUAAUUACCUCUAAUCUAUUUAGAAUAUUCCUUAAUGCCGGACAUAAAAGAAUAUCUUUACGGACUCCAAGAAUGGAAACAAUUUUGAAAAAUUCCCAAAAUAGAUUUUCAACUAUGAAUAACAGGGGAUUUCAGUUUAAUAUACAAAAACCAAUACAUUAUUGGCAAAGACCCUUCAUAUGCAUGUAAAUCUAAAGAGAAACUAAGUGCUAGCUCUUUAUUCCACAAAACAGAAAAUUGUUUUUUAAAAUGUUGAAAAGAUAAAAUGACUUUACUUAUUUUGAAUGAUGAAAGAACGACUUCAACAAGAAAUCUACUAGCAAUUAUCUGCAUGUUAGUCAUCAAAGUGAAUAUCUAUAAUCCAAUUGCUUACUGUUUGUGGUGGCACUAUUGCAUCAUACUAAACACUAAUGCUUAAUAAUAAAUAUUGUUUUAAUUAUUAUUUA